AUGUCACAGAGGGUGGGCGCAUCUAGAAUCCUGGGGACUCCUGGCCUCAGCAUCAUCUGCCAGCAAGGCCACCCUGGUAGGUCAGUUCCUGCUGGGACCUGCCUUCAGAGACACAAUGCAAACGUGCCUGCUCCCAGACGCAGUUUCCAUCUAGGGCCACCCAGGUCCCAGCUGCUCUGCUUACCUGCCUCUGAGCCUCCCCUCGAAGCUCACCUCCAUUCCAUCCUGGCCACGGCCCCUGGGAGGCCCUUCGGAUGCCCAAAGGCCUCCCAUCUGCCAUCCCCGGUGGGACCAAGGCUCAAACCAAAGCAGGAGGGGGAGGGGGAGCGGGUGGCCAUGGGGCGGCAGCAGAUGGCCCUGGCCCCGGGGGCGGUUCGGGCCGCACUGAUCCUGUGGGAGCUGCUGGUGCCCUCACAGGCGCUGGUGCGGGCCGUGCUAGACGGGAACUCCAGCAUUGUGGACUUUGAAGAUUUGCCAGCCAUGUUCGGGGUGCCCCUGGCCCCCGAGGGUGUGCGGGGCUACCUGAUGGAGGCCAAGCCGGCUAAUGCAUGCCACCCCAUCGAGGGCCCGCAGCCGGGGGGCAACGGCUCCCUGGGCGCCAUCGUCCUCAUCCGCCGCUACGACUGCACAUUUGACCUGAAGGUGCUGCACGCCCAGCGGGCCGGCUUCAAGGCCGCCAUCGUGCACAACGUUCUCUCGGAUGACCUGGUGCGCAUGGCACACGUCUACGAGGACCUGCGGCGCCAGAUCUCCAUCCCCGCGGUGUUCGUGGGCGAGGCCACCUCACAGGACCUGCAGCUCAUCGUGUGCUGCGACAAGUCCGCCCACGUCCUCCUGUUGCCCAACUACCCGCCAUGCCCCGACCUGGACUGCCGCCCCGUGCUGGCCGUCUCCUGGGUCCUGGGCUGCGCCCUGGCCCUGCUUACAUCCACCUUUCUCGUCUUGCGAUACCUGGGGAACUGCCUGAGGUCCUGGUGGGCCCGCGGGCCUGCGGUGGCCAAGAUGCCAGCCUGCCGGAAGCCCCAGGUCCGCACCUUCACGCGGCUCAACGACACAUGCGCCAUCUGCCUGGACGAGUAUGAGGAGGGUGAGCAGCUCAAGAUCCUGCCCUGCUCCCACAUCUAUCACUGCAAGUGCAUCGACCCCUGGUUUUCCCAGGCUGCCCAGCGCUCCUGCCCCGUGUGCAAGCGGUCAGUGCCCAGCACAGAAGACAGCUCCGACUCCACCAUUGAGAGCAUUGACGAGGACCCCUACCUGCAGGGCUACCAGCCCCCCAUCUGGGCCAUCCAGGCCCGGCUGCGCCCCCGGAGGCUGGAGCUGCUGGCCCGAGCCAGCCCGCACCACCGCUGCAGUGCCACCUCCAUGGGGCUGGCUGAGGCCAUGGAGCCCUCAGAGAGGCCCCCAGACACGCUCUGA